AACGAUUCGUUCGUGAGUCGGACAGGACUACGUUGGAGAACCAUGGCGGUGCAACAGAUGACAUGGUUGAGGAUCUAAAUUACACACGGUUGCAGACCCGGCGCCCGUAGACAGCGAGAUAUCCGUGAAGAUGAGCGCGGGGACUCAGUACAAUGUAUCAGGGAGACUCUGAAGGGCCAUUGUCCGACUGAAGAUACACGGACCAAAAAAUACAGUCUAAAGUAGUACAUUUUGAGAGUCAUUGAAAACAAAAUGAUCAAAGCUGAGAGCAAGGGUGAACGCACCCUGCGGAGCGCGUCCCCGCAUAGAAAUGCCUACAAGUCGGACUUCCACGCCAUUAAGUGCUCUUUUGAUGGGACCAAAUCCGACAGCGAGGCCAAAUCUUAUGCUAAUGGGGCCAGCGACCCUAGGGAGGACUCCAGGGGGAGGCCGUUUGGCAACAGAGUGAACAAAAUCAAGAAUAUCUUCCUGCAAAUGGAUGGCCAGCAGCCUCAGGAGAGCCAGGAUGCUUCUCCGGUAUCCCCAGUAUCUCCAGUGUCCAAGUUUGCAGUUAACACCAACAAACCAAAUAGUGCCAACAGCCAAGAACCGCAGAACACUGACAGAAAAGCAGAGGAAGUGGAGAUCGAUAAAGUCGCCCUGGCGGAGAAAUUCUCAGUGACCAGAAAGCUCUUCGAGAGAGGCAUUAAGGAUCAGCCUGCUACAGAAAGGCCGAUCCCUGGAAGAACAUCAACCCGACUGUCCCACGGGAAAGUUCCCGAUGAUGCAGUCCGUGGGUCCAGGAGAUCCUUUGGAUCUUCAGAAAGCAUGAACACCAAUAGUGCCAUUAAAACCCCUCCAAUAUCACCUGUAAGGAGCGUCUCAGAUGAAAAGGGCAUUGAUGAGUCCAAACAGGUCAACCGAUUAUCACUAAACGCCGGACCCAUUUCCAGACGACUGGAGAACUUCAUUGUGGAUGGUGGUGAUGAUAAAGAGUCAACACAAGUAAUCCCUGAGAAAUCGAGCAGACCUAUACAGGCAAGUUUCCAAAAAACAAGCUCACCUGCAACUGAUUCAACACAGAAACCCCUGAACGCUGACUCUUCACACGAACUAUCCUCGCCUAAAUCCGACCCAAUAUCCAACAUCAGCCCAAUUUCAAUCAAGCUAUCCUCCUCGUCCAGCACUGGUGAGCUUAAUUCGCCGUCCACCAAUCACAUCCCGUUUAAACGUUCAUCGUCAUCAUCCGGGAGUGAUUUGGUCAAACCAUCCGCCACAAACGAAUCCACAAAAGAUCCCAAAUCACCUAGUAGUCCCUGUAACUCGUCCCAGAGUCCGGAGGAACCCAAAAGUGAUAACCACAUCAUUGGCAGUUCCUCUCGUGAGCAGUGUUUGGACCCCGCUGGGGCAGGAAUGGUACGGGCUGAGCUGGUGGUGGUCCAGAAUGAAUCCUCAGAGAGUGAUGAUGAUGAGGAUGAGGAUUUAUUGGAGGAUGUUAUGACUGAGGUGAAGCUUCAAAGGGAACUUAAAUCCGAGGCACCAGUAGAUGAUGUGACUCACACAGGGGACAAAUCCCUGGAGAAAAAAGUGUGUUUAUUAGAAGAGACCAAGAAAAGGGAGUCGAAUGCUGAAGAAGAGGUGGAGGAGAUUGUACAAAGGAGGAGGAGUAGCUGUCAUGAAGAUGAUGAUGAAGAUGAUGAUGAUGAAGAGAGCGAGCAGGAGGAUCCGGAUGAAUGUGGGAAAACGUCUCCGGUCUUUUAUAGUUUUGAGAACGCAGCGUUUGUGGAUGAUAAGGAAGCGGUUGAGGAUAAACAGAAGGAUGAAGAUGAAGAUGAGGAACAUGAUGAGGAAUAUGAUGAGGUUCCUGGUUUGUCCGAGGAUGAGGAACGGCCUUCAAGAAGGACCAUCAGAUUCUCCACUAAGCCGAUACGGGUGUACAGGACCUUCUCUAAUGAAGACUACGACCGCAGGAAUGACGAUGUGGAUCCGGUGGCGGCGUCUGCAGAGUACGAGCUGGAGAAACGGGUGGAGAAGAUGGAUGUGUUUCCUGUGGAGAUCGAGAAAGGUGAUAAAGGGCUGGGGAUCAGCAUCAUUGGGAUGGGUGUUGGUGCAGACCAGGGUCUGGAGAAACUAGGCAUCUUCGUCAAGACCAUCACAGAGGACGGAGCUGCAGAGAGAGAUGGCAGGAUCCAGGUGAAUGAUCAGAUUGUGGAGGUGGACGGCAUCAGUCUGGUUGGUGUGACGCAACUCUUUGCUGCGACCGUCCUCAAGAACACCAAGGGAUCUGUCAGGUUUCUGAUUGGCCGAGAGAAGCCGGGGACUCAGAGUGAAGUGGCUCGGCUGAUAAGCGAGACCCUCGAGCAGGAGCGACAGCAGCAACAAGGAGACGACACGUAUGAGCAGUCCACUGAAGAGGACGAGCACUACGAGGACGAGGAGGAAGGGGGCGAGGAUGGCAUCCUGGGUUCCAGCUUCUGCGGUAGGAAUGUGGAAGUGUACGAUCUGCCCGAAAGUGAGGACAUGUUCCUGCCCUCCAACAUGGACACCACGCAGCUAACGUUCAGGUUUAAAGAGCUCCAGAUAAAGCACACCAUCGCAGAAGCUGAAGUGGAUGAGCUGAAAGAGAGAUUGCGGGAGUCCUCAGAGGAGCGUGCGGCGUGGGAGGCCAGAGAAGCUCAGUUAGAGAGGAGCGUUCAGGAGAACUCGGAGAGAAUCGCUCAGAUGGAGAAGAACUGGCUGGAAGCUCAGGCGCUUUGCAAAAGCAUCAACGAACAGCUCAAUGACACGCAGAGCCAGUAUGAAGCGCUGGACAAAAAAUACAGCAAAGCCAAGAAACUGCUCAAGGACUAUCAGCAGAAAGAGGCGGAGUUUGAGCAGAGGGAGGAGGAGUUAAAGAGGUCUCUGGAUGAAAGAGAGAGCGCAUAUAAGAGUCAGAUCGAGGAUCUGCAGCGAAGGCUGGCGAAACUCGAAUCUGGCCGUGGUCAUAAUGAGUCUUCAUUGUCGGGCAGCAAGUCUGCAGAUUCACUUCUGCUGGCAGGAGCAGACUGGAGUGGGAUGGUUCCCGAGACAGAGCGUUUGGACACCAGCGCUCACCGUGCAAGGGCCCAGCUGGCCCAGAGAUCCAAACGACAGCCCCCGUCCCGCAGUAAACUCAAGGAGACCCUCAGCUCCCCUGGCGGACGCCCACAGGGUGAUGAUGAGAGCGAGUCAUUGAGUCCUGAGUCUCCACUGCUUCGCAGGAGAUCCUUCCAGGAAAGUUUGUCCCUGCCCGUGGUAAUUUCUUCACCUACAAACCAACCCAAGAAUGAAGGAUCUGUCAUGAGCAGCAGCCAAUCAGGGCAGAGAGAUCCACAGAGCCCCGCCGUCUCUCCCCCAAAAGACUCCUCCCCCUCGAGCUUCGCACGCAACGUAAAGAAGAGAGAGUCCAAAGGGAAAGGCAAAGAGGUCAAAGACGAGUCUAACGAUGCAGCUGGAAAAACCAAAAGAAGAUUCCCAGAUUUUGGCGGUUUAAGAAAAUCUGGAGGAAAAGGGAAGAAACUAAACAAAGAAUCCAGAGCAUCACUGGACAGCAGGGGUUCAGCAGAGUUACUGGAGGAGUCGGGGGUCCGUGUUUCCCCCUCAGAGUCCAUGACCUCCAUCCCCACCUGCAUGCCCUUCAGCUGGUUUGGGGAGAAGGAUAAAGAGCGUGACAGAGAGUCCUCAUCCAGCAGUCUACCGUACGCCACUGCAGACGCCAGCACUGAACACAACUCCAAGAACAAGACAAACCUCUCCUGGUCCUCUCUGUUCAGUCGCUCCUUAGAUUUGAGUUUGUCAGUUCUAGACGACUCGAACCCCAGCAGUCCUGCUUCCGAGUUUUCGGGGCUGGUGGUGGAGCCCAACCUGUCGGGCCGCUCUCACACGCUAACCUUCUCGUCCAGCGAGAUGCUGGAUGAGGAGUCGAGUUCUGGAGGGAAGGAUUAUCAUUGGCAGAAUCGUCCGGUUUCUGAUUGGACAUCCCAGCAGGUCUGUCAUUGGCUGAUGGGGAUGAACAUGGAUCAGUACACACCUGAGUUCAGCACGCAGGCCAUUGAUGGACAGCAGCUUCUCAACCUGGACAGCGACAGACUCAAGGCUCUGGGCGUGUGCAGUCAAACCGACCGAGCCACCAUCAAGAAGAAACUGAAGGAGAUGAAGAAAGCCCAGGAGAAGAUGGAGAAACAGCGGGAGAAGCGGGAGAAAGAGGCCAGACGCAGCGGACGCCUUCCAGCCAGCACCGACUCAGUGUGCUGAUCAAACAUUUCCUCACAUUAAUGCUCGACACACACUCCAAACUGUUCCCACUUCCUUAAAACACAAACACACACACACCAGCAAAUCUAAAGGAGAUACUAGAAACAAACAUGGUCAGUAACUCAUUAAUAACACUAACAAAGCUGCUUAUGAGAUCUACUUUACACCGAAAUGAGCUGAAUAUUGAUUAUAUAUUGAAAGGAACACUCAUUUUACAGUUAAAUAGUGGAGAUUUACCAUCUUUAAAUCCAUUCAGCCAAUUUCUGCAUCUGUCAGGAGCACUUUUAGCUUAGCUUAGCAUAGAUCAUUGAAUCAGAUUAGACCAUUAGCAUCUCACUCACUAACUAUAGAUGCAUUAAAUAGCAAAUUUAUUAAAUGUUUUUUGGAAUUAUUUUGAGCGAGAUGCUAAUGGUCUAAUCUGAUUCAAUGAUCUAUGCUAAGCUAAGCUAAAAGUGCUCCCGCCAGAAGCCGAAGAUCAGAUGAAAGGAUUAAAAAAUUGUCAUAUUUAAAGGAACACUCCACUUUGUUUGGAAAUAGGCUUGUUUUACAGUUAAAAAGUGGAGAUUUAACAUUUUGAAAUUUGUUCAGCCAGUUUUUGUGUCUGGCAGGAGCACUUUUAGCUUAGCUUAGCAUAGAUCAUUGAAUCGGAUUAGACCAUUAGCAUCUUGCUUGCUAACUACAGAGGAGUCAAGCUUUAAAUAGCAAAAUUA